CCUAUAAAUUAAUCAUGAAAAAAAUGAGUAAAUUGAUGAUGAUUGAAUAAAGAGAGGGAAGAAGAAACGGAUCUUAAGAAGGUGGAAGAAAUACUAUCAAUGGGUGUAUCUGUGCUAGAUCUUCAUGAAGUUCUCAAGUCCAAGAGGAAUAAAUUCACGCUUCAGGAGGAAGAGAUUUAUGAAUCUUGCACAACUAAAAUUGCCAGUGAUUUCUUAUCUGGUGCACUUGCUGGCUUUACUGCUGUAUGGUCAGCAACUUUUAAACUCAGUAAAUUAUUUCGACUCAGCCUUUCGGUAGGAGCUGGUUAUUAUUAUGCACUGAGGUUAUCUUCUAGAUCUUCCGAUUCUUGUGCAGAACAGAUUCUUGCAAUGGAUGGCAGUAUGUUACAAAAGGAGUUAGCGAAUAUAAUGGUGACAAAAUACCAGAAUGAUUCUUCACAAAUGUGGCUUAUGUCUAAGCAUUUAUACCUAGAGAGGGUUUUUGAUGAUUCAACGUCUAAUAGUCCCAAAUUAAGAUGGAGAUACCGGAAUUUCUUUAGCGAUAAUGCAGUCCAUGAUCAUCAUUGGUUACAUGAUCAUGAAUCUUAUGAGAACUCCCAAGACCACUCUCAAAUUGAUUCCAAUGAUAAAUCCAAAGGCAGGUCUGAAAAUGUCACUGGCACCAAAAGAAUAAAUCUUAAAACCAAGUGUACUUUUGACGCGGCUUCUGUUACUAAAUUGGAGGUAGACCCACUUGAUUUUCUUUUUGGUUAUGCUGCUCCAGUGGAAGUGAAUGAUCAUUCUAAUUCCCCAAAUAAACCAUCAGAAUCAGGGAUACAUAAUCUAGUUCAGAGAAGAUCUCACCGCAGGCGUCGGAUGCGUAAUGACGAGUAGCUUUCAAACUCCGACCCUGUAGCAGGAGUUGUUUGAUUGUCACUUAACAUUUGCACAAGUUGAGGUUUAGGAUUGGAUUAUGCAAAUUUUGUGUUUUCGAUUUUAUGACACGUUCUGAUCACUGCCCUUCAAACAAUAUUGCAGGAAGGAACAGUGUUACUAGUAUGUUAACUGCAAAAGUACUCUGACACUCAAGUGAGUAUUUGUUGUAGAGUAAUAAAGGCUAUUGUAUUAAAUAAUCAUAUUUGUCUCAUCAGUCCCAUCAAUACCAUAUUUAUAGUGAUGUUCUUGGGCCUGGUGGGUUUUUUGGAUUA